AAUUCUCUAUAUAAAGCCAUAAACUUUCACUCUUUUCCAUCUCACACUCACUACUCGGACUCUAUCUCUCUCUCUUCUCUUUCUCUCUCUAAAUCUUCUUACUGGUCGAAAUCUCACUUGCCCAGAUUCAGUUUUUGUUUUUCUUCUUUUGGGUAUUGAUUAUAAUAACCCAAAAGUGAGAAAGAAGGAAGCUUUUGUUGUGAUUUGAAACCAAUAAUGGCUACUAGGAAUUUGGAGAAGUUGGCAUCAAUUGAUGCUCAGCUUAGGCUUUUGGUUCCUGGGAAAGUUAGUGAAGAUGAUAAGCUUGUUGAAUAUGAUGCUUUGCUUUUGGAUCGUUUUCUUGACAUUCUUCAAGAUUUGCAUGGAGAAGAUCUCAGGGAAACGGUUCAAGAGUGUUAUGAACUUUCUGCUGAGUAUGAAGGAAAGCAUGAUCCGAAAAAGCUCGAAGAGCUCGGUAAUGUGUUGACAAGUUUGGAUCCAGGGGAUUCAAUUGUGAUUGCAAAAUCAUUUUCACACAUGCUUAGCUUGGCUAACAUGGCUGAAGAAGUUCAGAUUGCAUAUCGCAGACGGAACAAGCUUAAGAAGGGAGAUUUUAUUGAUGAGAAUUCUGCAACAACUGAAUCAGACAUUGAAGAAACUCUUAAGAGACUUGUUGGGAAGAUAGGCAAGUCUCCUCAAGAGGUUUUUGAUGCAUUGAAGAAUCAGACUGUGGAUCUUGUCUUGACUGCUCAUCCUACUCAAUCUGUUCGUCGAUCUUUGCUUCAGAAGCACGGAAGGAUUCGGAACUGUUUAGCUCAGUUGUAUGCUAAGGACAUUACUCCUGAUGAUAAGCAAGAACUCGAUGAGGCCCUUCAAAGAGAGAUUCAAGCUGCAUUUCGUACUGAUGAGAUUAGGAGAACACCCCCAACUCCUCAAGAUGAGAUGAGAGCUGGAAUGAGCUACUUCCACGAGACUAUCUGGAAGGGUGUCCCAAAGUUUCUUCGCCGUGUUGACACUGCUUUGAAGAACAUAGGGAUUGAUGAGCGUGUUCCUUACAAUGCCCCGCUCAUUCAGUUCUCCUCUUGGAUGGGUGGUGAUCGUGAUGGUAACCCAAGAGUAACUCCGGAGGUUACUAGGGAUGUUUGCUUGUUGGCUCGAAUGAUGGCCGCUAACUUGUACUAUUCUCAAAUCGAGGACCUUAUGUUUGAGUUGUCUAUGUGGCGCUGCAACGACGAACUUCGUGUUAGGGCAGAAAUGAUCCACAGCUCCUCGAGAAGAGAUGCUAAACACUACAUUGAAUUUUGGAAGCAAAUUCCUGUUAGUGAACCAUACAGAGUGAUACUCGGUGACGUGAGAGAUAAGCUUUAUCAAACACGUGAGCGGUCUCGUCAUUUGUUAGCAAAUGGCUACUCUGACAUUCCAGAGGAUGCAACAUUUACAAAUCUCGACGAUUUCUUGGAGCCUCUCGAGCUCUGCUACCGAUCACUUUGUGCUUGUGGUGACCGAGCUAUCGCUGAUGGUUCCCUUCUUGACUUCUUGAGACAAGUUUCAACUUUCGGGCUUUCUCUUGUGAGACUUGACAUUAGGCAAGAGUCAGAUCGCCAUACCGAUGUUAUGGAUGCUAUUACCAAGCAUUUGGAAAUCGGUUCAUACCGUGAAUGGUCUGAAGAUCGUCGACAGGAAUGGCUUUUAUCCGAACUGUGUGGGAAACGUCCUCUGUUUGGCCCUGAUCUUCCCAAGACCGAAGAGAUUGCUGAUGUGUUGGACACAUUUCAUGUCAUAGCUGAACUUCCUUCUGAUAAUUUCGGUGCAUAUAUUAUCUCAAUGGCGACUGCGCCUUCUGAUGUGCUCGCUGUGGAGCUCCUACAGCGCGAAUGUCAUGUUAAGACUCCAUUGAGAGUUGUUCCUCUCUUCGAGAAACUCGAUGAUUUGGAGGCUGCACCGGCUGCUUUGGCUCGGCUUUUCUCAAUAGAUUGGUACAUAAACCGAAUUAGUGGAAAGCAAGAAGUCAUGAUUGGGUACUCUGAUUCGGGUAAAGAUGCUGGGCGUUUCUCUGCAGCCUGGCAAUUGUACAAGGCUCAAGAAGAGCUUAUCAAUGUUGCGAAAAAGUAUGGUGUUAAGCUUACUAUGUUCCACGGUCGUGGUGGGACAGUUGGAAGAGGAGGCGGGCCAAGUCAUCUCGCUAUUUUGUCUCAACCACCAGACACAGUUCACGGCUCACUUCGUGUCACCGUUCAAGGUGAAGUCAUCGAACAAUCGUUCGGUGAGGAACACUUGUGUUUUAGAACACUUCAGCGUUUUGCUGCUGCUACACUCGAACACGGUAUGAACCCACCAGUUUCACCUAAGCCAGAAUGGCGUAAACUUAUGGAUGAAAUGGCGAUUAUUGCUACAGAGGAUUACCGCUCUAUCGUCUUCAAAGAGCCUCGUUUCGUCGAGUACUUCCGUCUGGCUACACCUGAGUUGGAGUACGGACGAAUGAACAUUGGUAGUCGUCCUUCAAAGCGAAAGCCAAGUGGAGGAAUCGAAUCCCUUCGUGCAAUCCCAUGGAUCUUUGCUUGGACACAAACAAGGUUCCAUCUUCCAGUGUGGUUGGGAUUCGGAGCAGCAUUCAAACACAUCAUUCAGAAAGAUAUUAGGAAUCUUCAUAUGAUGCAAGACAUGUAUAACUCAUGGCCAUUCUUUAGGGUCACAAUCGAUUUGGUUGAGAUGGUCUUCGCCAAGGGAGACCCCGCGAUUUCUGCGCUGUACGAUAAACUCCUUGUUUCUGAGGAACUUCAGCCCUUUGGACAGCUCUUGAGGGAUAAAUUCGAAGAAACCAAGAGCCUCCUUUUGCAGAUUGCUGGACACAAGGAUCUUCUCGAAGGCGAUCCACACUUGAAGCAAAGACUCCGUCUUCGUGAUUCAUACAUCACAACUCUCAAUGUCUGUCAAGCCUACACAUUGAAGAGAAUUCGUGACCCGAGCUACCAUGUCACGGUGAGGCCACACAUCUCGAAGGAGAUUAUGGAAUCGAAACCAGCCAAUGAACUCGUGCAGCUGAACCCCACGAGCGAGUAUGCUCCCGGUCUUGAGGAUACACUCAUCUUGACAAUGAAGGGUAUUGCUGCCGGUCUUCAGAACACCGGUUAAGUCAAUCCUUCUCAUCCCCCGGCCCCCCGAGUUGUGUCAUUCGAAAUUGUGUUUCGUCUUCUUUGUUUUUGUUUUUGUUACCUUGUAGAUUUGUUUGUGCCCAAUAAAUUAUAAGGGUCUCAUACAGAAACUGUUUGAGUUUAGUUGAAUGUCUUUAGAGUCAAAUAUUUGAGCUGUAUGAUCCAAAUGCUGAGCUUGAAGAACACUUUUUAACUAAGGCCAGCAUUAUAAUUGUUCAUCACAAAGUACUUUUUUAAGUUUAUUUCUUUGAUUAAUCAAAAUGAAAUUGCUUUUUCA